AUGAACGACAAUCUCGCCAUUUACAUUAUUACCAUGAAAUUCCACAUAUCCUUUCUAUUCACUUUCUUUUCCCCACAACAAGGUCUGCGGCAUUCUUACGCUGCCACAUCUUCUGCCUUUUUGCUUCCUACCC